GAGAAGAAUGUGUUGGGGCGCAGAGAGAGAGAGAGAGAGAGAGAGAGAUGGAGGCAUUGCAAGCCUCAUAUGGAGGAGACGCUUCCUCCGAUUCGGACGCUGAUGACACAACUCCAGUCCCUACCAACUUCAAGGAAUCCCCAACCCCUUUGCCCCCACCUCCUCUCUUCCUCCUCAACCCUUCCAAUUCCACGCCCGUCGGUAACUUACCCACCAAUGUUCUCUAUUUUCUCGAUUUCAUUGUUUCUGGACAGGCCGCUAGAGUUAGGAGCUUUCCCCAUGUAGAAGGGAACUACGCUUUGCAUGUGUACAUUCCUGUUUACAUACCAUCUGUACCAAAGAAGGAGCUGACCUUGUUUUUGAAGAAGCUAGCAUCUAUUGUACCCGGUCUUCAUAUUGUUGAUGUUGAUGUUCCCCUUAACAGUCUCUACGAGGAUGAUCACAAGCUUGAACAAGUUGCUCUAGGAAGGGAAUUCCACAUUAGUUUGGGAAGAACUGUUCCCAUUCGGGUGCACCAGAUUGAUUCAGUGGUGGCAAUGCUUCGGCAGAAGCUUCAAUUCCAGAAGCGGUAUUGGAUUGAUUUUAGUAAGUGGCAAGUUUUUGUUAACGAUGAUCACACACGAACCUUUUUAUCAAUGGAAGUUGUUACUGGAGGAUUAGCUGAGAUAAGAAAGCAAAUUCACUCUGUUAAUGAAGUUUAUAAGCUUCACAACCUUCCUGAGUUCUAUAAGGAUCCACGGCCACAUAUAUCUUUAACUUGGGCGUUGGGUGACAUCAGCGAUUCCCUAGAGAGGGUGGUUGAAGAAGAAAUGAAGAGAUUCAAUGUUGGGAGCUCAUUACAUAAACGCAUUUUUACCAGUAAGUUUGGUGGCAUCGAGUGUAAGAUUGGUAACAAAACAUAUAAGAUAUGUAAAUUUCAAGAUGAAUAACAAAGACUCUUUUGAUUGAA